AUGGCUACAGUAAAGGGAACCAGUUUGUCAGCCGCGGAAGACAAUAACAGCAAAGAUAUCAUCAGUGUGGCAGUCCUCUGGAAGGUAGUGAUAAGGAAGCGACUGACCGGGAUAAUAGAAGUGGAGCCUGGCGAAACGAUAACAAGAUGUGCGUACGGAGACGCACCAAGCUUCUGCCUUCUCGAUGCAUCUAGCGCCUUUGGUCUAAACAUGCCGACUGGGAGACGGUAUCCAAUCGCCCCAUCGCCGAAGUCCAACCCCGGAAGUCAGUACUGA